CAACAACCAUCUGCCGAAGUACUCUCCCAUAAUUAUGUUCACAGGACGAAAACGCCUUUUGCAAGCGAAUCUCAACCCUUCACCAUGUCUGAAACGCUGCCGGAUGAGCUGCUCUACCUCGUGAUACGCUUCAGCGCCUCCAUUCCCGACCUCCCGCUCUCCAUCUCUUCUCCAUUGACCAGUACAACCCUGUCGCUCAAACGACUCAUCCGCGAGCAUCUCCCCGAUGAUCUAGCCUCCAAUCGCUUGCGCCUCAUCCACGCCGGAAAAGCUCUACAAGAUGCAACGCCGUUAUCAAAGUCACUGAAGUGGCUUCCCCCGCCACCGCGAGACGUCGAUUUGAAGAGCAAAGACACCAAAGGGAAGGGCAAAGCGCCUGCAACAUCUGACGCAUGGAUGCAACGCAUGUACAUACACUGCUCAAUUGGCGAUGCGCUCACGGAGAAAGAACUACAAUCUGAGGCAACGCUGGCUGCAAAUCUCGAGACAUCUCUUGUGACGGAAAACGCAAAUAAGAUAGUGGCGAGCGCAUCCGGUGAUGCAGCUGUUAGGCGAAAAAGCAGUGCAGAAGUCGCGAUUCCAAGUACAUCUAAUGUACCAUCUGGCUUCGACAGGCUACUAACUGCUGGAUUCACAACAUCUGAAGUCGCCGAGUUGCGCUCGCAGUUCAUGGAGAACUUAGCUUUCACGCAUACACCAGAUACCAUGCCCCAGGGUCAAGCUCUGCGGCUACUGGAAGAUCAGUGGUUUGAUCAGUCUGCACAGGGCGAGCCGUCUGCAAUAGCGACUGGCGACGAGGGAGGUGCGGGAUGGGGGUUCACAUUCAGGACAGAAGAUGGUGCCUUGGAUGAUAUUGUUUGGGGGAACUUGAUUGGUUUCUUCUGGCCCAUUGGGGCACUCGUAUGGGGCCUGCGAGAGGAAGGAGUGUGGACUGCGAGGAGGAAGAUGGUGAUACUAUCGGGGAUUGUGGUGAACUUGAUUUUUGGAUUGGUAAAGUGGUCAUCUUGAUAAUAGCCAGAGGUUGGCAUAGCAUAAUCGGUGGCGACCAGUGUAAGAUCUUGAGAUAUUUGAUAGAGCACACCUCGCAUUUCUAGGUUGGGUAACAGUGCAUGGUCGUUCACAUUCUUCAGUGUUGCACUCACGUGGUUGGCCACCAGACCUUGACUGUUUGGAGCAUUGGGAGCUUACAAGUUAGACUCUACUGCGAC